AUGCACGACGGGCACCACGAGGCCGAGGUGGCCGACACCUCGGCGUCUUUCCACCCUGCGGAGCAGCCAGGUGCUCUCCAUCUCCAAUUUAACAAGUCCCGUGAUACCGGCCAUGGACCAGCGGGUGUGGAUAAAGGUCCUCAAGGCAACCAGAUUCAAUGCCGUGAUUGCGAUAACAGUGCCACUUCGGCCAAUGGCUCUGAUGACGUGGGCUCAUCCGAUGACCUCUCGCCUGACGAUUCCAUCAGCGAAAGUGAUUCUGGCGCCAGUGAAGGCGAAGUUGAAGACACCAAGGACAAUGACGACGAUGAUGACGACAGCCUUUGCAAAUACCGUUCAGCCAUUCCUAGCAAUGACAUGAAUACGCGAGCUGUCCUCCGUCAUCACCAGCGGCCCGUGAGCCCCCCACCACAGAACGCUUCGCAGCUGGAGCAUCUUCUUUUCUCUCGCAACAUCCCAGGCCGUGGCCUUCGUCCCCUGGAGCGAGCCUUACAAUACGAAUACUGGCACAUUGUGGAUCUCAAAGAGAUGAAGGAGCGGACCGGCCGUUACGAUUGGAAAUCCAGGCCGUGGCUCCAGGAUGAGCUAGAAGCCAGACAGAGACGUGAGGCUGAGAUCCGCUCCGCGGUCGACGCGGCCAAGACAGGCUUCUCCGCCGCUUGUGCUGCGGCUGGAAUAUCGAAUGAGCUUUGGAAGGCUUAUAACAAUUUCUGUCGCUCACUCGAUCCUGUCCCGUCUCGCCUUUCGUCAGGAGGAGGUUGGUCCAUCACUUGCUUUGAGGAUCACGAAGGUUCCUAUGUGAAGUACGACCCUGACCUGGAGAUUCUCAUCGACGAACCAGAGAUGGAUUUGGGCGCCCAUAAUUUCCGCUGCGAGGCCACCGUCGAGAAGGACCGCGGAGAGGAGAUUUAUGUCGUCGAGUUCUGGCCAGUAAGACCCAUUGAGCCGCGCUCCGGAACGGAGAUUACCUGGGGGGAGCAAUACCCCGACCUGUACCGCCUGGCAGAGAAGGCCGCAAAAGACUCAAUUCAAGUAGACAACCAGGCCGCCCAACAGCUCCUCGGGUCUCUUCCAGACCGUGAUGCGCCGUUUGCGAGCGGAUGGCUCUUUGAGUACCAACCGGAGCCCGGCCGGGCUGACCACAUGGUUCGAGCGAAACGAUGGACGUACCGUAGCGCGCACAGGAUCCCCAUUCCCGAUGAAGAGCAGAAUAUGGAGGAUGAUGGCAUUCCUGAGACUGAGCGAAUGAUGUUGAACGUUGAAAUCAAAGAUGGUUGCGAACACAUCGACACAACUUUCUCAUUUGGGGCACUCGCACAGGCCAGCCUGUCGCCCUCGAAGCGUGGCGCAGUCGAUGAUGCGGAUGCGGGCUCGCCGAGCGCGGUCGCCACUUUUAGUGAGUCUUCGCAAAGACGCUUUCAUGAGCUUCUCCUGGUGGCGUCCUUUCCUGGCAACAUUGGCAGCAUGGCAAGGCUGCGUCAGCCAGUCUUUGGAAGACCCAUGAUGCGCUAUGAACGAGCUGGGGUGACGUUCAGGACCAAGAUGAGGCUUUUGAAGGGACUGCUCAAAGGAGGAAGAUUCCAACAUAUGGGCAGGUCGGAUCGUCGCACGAAAGAGUCUGCGAAUAAGGCAUGA